AAAGAGCUCUGCUUUCAGAAGAAAACAUAAUUUCUGAACUCUCAUUGUCAGAGUUUUUUAAAUAGACAUAAUAGCAUCCUCUAGACCUGUUAGUUCCAUAUGGAGAUUUGGAAACUGUCAGCAUUAAUGCUCACUUUACUCGCUCUCGCCUACAGCGUUGAAGGAUUUUCUUUCUCUCUAAACCGAGACAACUGGAUUUCUGAUAAUUGGGAGGAUGAGCCGAUGGAGGAGACAUUAGCCAGUCAAGUGGCCAGUCUGUUGAAGAGAUCCAAAUCUCAUCAGUUUUAUGGGUUAAUGGGGAAACGCUCUGAAGUCCUUCAGCCUGUAAAAAUGGAGCGAAGAAGGCACAAGGGUGAUAUGUUUGUGGGGCUCAUGGGAAAGAGAUCUUUAGGAGGUUCUGGCACAAGAGCGAUCCCAGAGACGAGUACAGCAAAAUCUGCAGAUCUGAACAAACGGACAGCAGAUCUGCAGGAGGAAUGGGACAGACUUCAGUACUGAUGGCCUCACAGACGUCU